AUGCAAUCCCAAAUAUGUCACAACUCGGGCUAUCCUGCCCCAAAGGAGCAUGCCCACGGUAUAUGGUGGACCUGUAAAGGCAACGCCACCACAGUGCCAUUCCUCGGUUGUUGCACCAAAAACCCAUGCUCGCCCGGAAGUUGCACGCUUGACGAUCUGGUCCCUGCCCAUCUCAGCGAAGACAGAACACGGGCCUCCGUUUUCCUCGGCUCACUACAGUCCAGUGCCACUGCACCGAGCCCCAAGCCCUCUAACUGGCUCGAAGUCCAGCCCGCGUUGGUUGCCAUCAACAGUUCAAACUCAUCUAAUCCAUCGUUGGAGGAAAGCCCCGCAGGCUUCAAAGCCGCACAAAACGGACCGGGUCCAAAUAGAUCCCAGCCGCAAUACGACCGAUGUUCUGCUGUACCUCCGAGCGAGCCAGCAGCUAUUUCAAACCACUCGGAAUAUAUUCCGUACAACCGAAACCUGGCCUCUUCGGGGACCCCACAGGUGCCGCCUUCAAAUCGACCAGCAGCGACCUCAAGUUAUCCAGGGCAUGUUCCAUACAACCCAAAGCUUUCUAGACCUCCAACAUUGUUUCCCAACGCCGCCGUGCUGGUAGAGGCGGAUGGAAAUUUCGCUCCCGAACCAAACGAUACGGCAAAUUGCCCGACGCAUCAUCCACCUCGUCCGGUAGGCUGGCCGACAACAGAUGCUCCAGCCAGGCCACUGCGAAAUAUCCCGCAAAAUGCUGGUAAUCCUGGUUCAGAAAGAUCAGGAUUUGAUUUCGGUAUGACGAUGGUUCCCGCGGAGAGGACAAUGGGAUUUGGACCGCAGAUUGCCGGUUUUGACGUCAAUCAACAAAGUGUGUGA